GAAAAUACAGCACAUCCACUCGAAUAUCAAAGAACUGAAAAAGUAUUUUGAAAGAUGAAAGGACAUUGCAGCCCAUUUUGAGAAAGCCAUGGCAAAGUCAUUUAAGAGACGCCAGUUUAGCACUUCUGAGCCUUAUCUUCCAGCAACUUUAAUCCUGAGCAACAUCGUCUUUAAUACUGAUGGUUCCAUCCAAUACAAAGAAAAGUUGUAUUUCUCUGCUUCCGAAGCCCUAGCUGCUUACAUUGAUGAUUUUCACGUAAGCUGUGAACCUUCUGAUAUUAAUGAUACAAAGGUUAACCGGGAUCAGAGUCCUCUUGAAUUUCUUGCUAAGUCAAGCAGUGAUGAGAGUCCCUACACUAAAUCCGCCAGCCAGACAAAGCCGCCUGAUGGAGCGUUGGCUGUGAGGAGACAGAGCAUCCCAGAGGAAUUCAAGGGCUCCACCAUCGUUGAACUAAUGAAGAAAGAAGGCACAACCCUGGGGCUAACAGUGUCGGGAGGAAUUGAUAAAGAUGGCAAGCCAAGGGUAUCCAAUCUGCGGCAAGGAGGAAUUGCUGCCAGAAGUGACCAGUUGGAUGUCGGUGACUACAUCAAAGCAGUGAAUGGGAUCAACCUGGCCAAAUUCCGCCAUGAUGAGAUCAUCAGCUUGCUGAAGAACGUCGGGGAGAGAGUGGUUCUUGAAGUGGAGUAUGAGCUUCCACCAGUGUCGGUACAAGGAUCAAGUGUUAUUUUCCGAACUGUGGAGGUCACACUGCAUAAAGAAGGCAAUACCUUUGGCUUUGUAAUACGAGGGGGAGCGCAUGAUGAUAGAAAUAAGUCUCGCCCAGUUGUGAUAACAUGUGUUCGUCCUGGAGGUCCUGCUGACAGAGAGGGCACAAUCAAACCUGGUGACAGGCUGCUCAGUGUGGAUGGGAUUCGGCUUCUGGGAACCACACAUGCAGAAGCCAUGAGUAUUCUCAAACAGUGUGGACAAGAAGCAACACUGCUGAUUGAAUACGAUGUCUCAGUGAUGGAUUCUGUGGCAACAGCAUCUGGGCCACUGCUUGUUGAAGUUGCCAAAACUCCUGGUGCCAGCCUUGGGGUUGCCCUAACUACCUCAAUGUGCUGUAACAAACAGGUCAUUGUCAUAGACAAAAUCAAAUCUGCAAGUAUUGCAGACAGAUGUGGCGCACUGCACGUGGGGGAUCACAUCUUGUCCAUUGAUGGCACCAGCAUGGAGUACUGCACCCUGGCAGAAGCAACCCAGUUCCUGGCAAAUACCACUGACCAGGUCAAGCUUGAGAUUCUUCCGCACCAUCAAACGCGCCUGGCGCUGAAGGGGCCAGACCACGUGAAAGUUCAGAGGAGCGACAGGCAACUUCCCUGGGACUCCUGGGCCAGCAACCACUGCGGUCUUCAUAGCAGCCACCACUGUAGCCCGUGCCACCCUGACCAUUGCAGAGCACCAGCCCCGCCAGCCCCGAGAGCGCCUCCUCCAAACAGCCCUCCAGCUUUGGUGUCAUCGUCCUUCUCUCCUACCUCCAUGAGUGCAUACAGCCUGAGUUCCCUGAACAUGGGAACCUUACCUCGAAGCCUCUACUCCACCAGCCCGCGUGGAACCAUGAUGAGGAGGAGACUCAAGAAGAAAGACUUCAAAAGCUCAUUGUCCUUAGCCUCUAGCACAGUGGGACUGGCUGGCCAGGUUGUCCACACAGAAACUACAGAAGUUGUGCUGACAGCAGAUCCUGUCACAGGAUUUGGGAUCCAACUGCAAGGCAGUGUGUUUGCCACAGAGACUCUUUCUUCUCCACCUCUGAUUUCUUACAUCGAAGCUGACAGCCCAGCAGAGAGAUGUGGGGUGCUACAGAUUGGAGACAGAGUGAUGGCCAUUAAUGGAAUUCCAACUGAAGACAGCACCUUUGAGGAAGCCAAUCAGCUCCUCCGAGACUCUUCUAUCACCAGCAAGGUCACCCUGGAAAUCGAGUUUGAUGUCGCAGAGUCUGUCAUCCCCAGUAGUGGAACAUUCCAUGUAAAGCUCCCUAAGAAGCACAAUGUGGAACUUGGAAUAACCAUAAGUUCACCAUCCAGUAGAAAACCAGGAGACCCUCUUGUCAUUUCAGAUAUCAAGAAAGGAAGUGUAGCUCACAGAACCGGAACCCUGGAACUUGGGGAUAAGUUACUUGCAAUAGAUAAUAUCCGGCUGGACAAUUGCUCCAUGGAAGAUGCUGUCCAGAUCCUCCAACAAUGUGAAGAACUUGUGAAGCUGAAAAUCCGCAAGGAUGAGGACAAUUCAGAUGAACAAGAAAGUUCCGGAGCAAUUAUUUACACCGUGGAGCUUAAGCGCUAUGGGGGUCCCCUUGGCAUCACAAUUUCAGGAACUGAAGAGCCGUUUGAUCCUAUAAUCAUUUCAAGCCUAACUAAAGGGGGAUUAGCAGAAAGAACUGGUGCAAUUCACAUAGGAGACCGAAUCCUCGCCAUCAACAGCAGCAGCUUGAAAGGGAAGCCUCUGAGUGAAGCCAUCCACUUGUUGCAGAUGGCAGGCGAGACUGUCACCCUGAAAAUUAAGAAACAGACAGAUGCCCAGUCAGCCUCCAGUCCCAAGAAGUUCCCUGUUCCCAGCCACUUGAGUGAUCUGGGGGAUACAGAGGAGGAUUCCUCUACUGCCCAGAAGCCAGGCAAGCUGUCUGACCUGUACCCCUCCACGGUGCCCAGCGUGGACAGUGCUGUGGACUCCUGGGAUGGCUCUGCCAUCGAUGCCAGCUAUGGGAGCCAAGGCCCUGGCUUUCAGGCCUCAGGAUACAGCUUCAACACCUAUGACUGGAGGAGUCCAAAGCAGAGAGGCAGCUUAUCCCCAGUCCCGAAACCUCGAAGCCAGACUUACGCAGAUGGAGGACUAAGUAAUGAAGACUGGGACCGCUCCACAACCAGCGGCUUUGCAGGAACGUGUGACAGCGCGGAGGCGGAGCAAGAGGAGAACUUCUGGUCUCAAGCGCUGGAGGAUCUAGAAACCUGUGGACAGUCAGGAAUUCUGAGAGAACUUGAGGCAACAAUCAUGUCGGGGAGCACGAUGAAUUUGAAUCACGAGACCCAAACACCUCGCAGUCAGCUGGGGCGACAGGCCAGCUUCCAGGAACGCGGCAGCUCUCGUCCACACUAUAGCCAGACAGCUCGGAGCAACACCCUGCCUUCAGAUGUGGGCAGAAAGUCUGUGACUCUGAGAAAAAUGAAACAAGAAAUCAAGGAGAUCAUGUCCCCAACUCCUGUGGAACUGCACAAGGUGACCUUGUACAAGGACUCUGACAUGGAGGACUUUGGGUUCAGUGUAGCAGAUGGCUUGCUGGAAAAAGGAGUAUAUGUUAAAAAUAUUCGCCCAGCUGGGCCAGGCGAUCUUGGUGGCUUAAAGCCCUACGACAGGCUCUUACAGGUCAACCAUGUCCGAACCAGAGAUUUCGACUGCUGCCUUGUUGUGCCACUCAUAGCAGAAUCUGGCAACAAGCUGGAUCUGGUCAUCAGUAGAAACCCCAUGGCCUCCCAGAAGUCCAUGGACCAACAGACUCUUCCAGAAGGAGACUGGUGUGACCAGAACACUGCUUUUUCCCAGCAGCCCAUCCACGGUGGUAACCUGGAGACACGAGAACCCACUAAUACAUUAUAGCAGCACUUUUUAUAAAGCAGGACAAAAGACGUUCUCUACAUGGUGCUAAAAAUCCCUUUCAGAUUUCUGUGAUGUUUCAAGCACAGAGAAUCACAUGGCAUUAACUGCAAGCACAGGGGUCUUUUAAAUCUCUCUCAUGGCUCAUGUUCACAUCCCUUUUCAGGUUGAAGAGGUUUCUUUUUUGGUGACCACUCUGAUACAGGGCAGGUAACUCCCUGCCAAGCCCAAUGGUAGAGAAAAAUAGGCAGGCUGCCCCUCCCCACAAUUAACAUCAGAGAAAACUUUUUACUACAAGUUCAUCUCACUAUCACUUUUUAAAAUGAGAUACCUAUUUGAAAAAAUUCUCUAUGAUUGUUUCCUUACUUCACUUUCAAAUCAGUUUCUUACUGUAAAGUCAUUUAAGGUAAGAACUUGACCAACAAAAUGGCUUUUCACCAAGCUGGCUCUACUAAGGGAACUGGUAUUUGGGAAACUGUUGGAACUGUGUAAUGGGAGGGGUACCGACAUAAAAUUAUCUUGAAACGUUCCAGCAGCGGUGCACGUAGAAGACCAUAAUAGGUGGUGGUAAAUGUUUUGCCUAAAUAUAGGAAUGAUUUAACUAAGAUGUAUGCUAUUCCCUAUGCAACAAAUGACCAAACAGGAUAUGUCUUGUGACCUGUUUUUUUUUUUAAAGACAUUUUUAAUAGCUGAAAACCUCUGAUAAUGAAUUAGAGUAUGUAGUAACACUAAAUAAUUUCUUUUUAAAUUUCAAGAGUAAGAACUUAAGAGAAUGAAGAGUCUACUCAAAUGAAGCUCACUUUAAUGAUAGGCAAAUCAAACUCAUACUGCUUGACAUGUUUUGCAAACUGGUAAUAUUGAGGGGUACACAGCACAUGUACUUACACACGGCACUGGACUAGCUUUUAUUCUGAGCCAUGCCACUUACUCAAUUGUAAAUACAUUUUUCACAAAAUGCGUUGCCAAUUAUUACCAUCCCUCAAAGCAAUAAAUUGUGACAGUUGCUUUAAAUGUUUGUUGGCAACUGUUUUCAUUUUCAUUUGUUCAGAUAUUUUGAAUAGAUACACUAAUAAAUGUUAUUUGGUAAAUAUAAAAAAAUAGAUCUGUAUAUUGAAGGUAGAAUCUCCAUAUUGCAACAAUUA